AAAUAAAUAAGUAUAAUUAUUUAAAUGAACAAAAUUAAAAAAAAAUAUGAAAGUGACAAUAAUAAAAGCAUUUAGAACAAAAAUCUUACUAUGGACACCAAAAAGCCAAUAUACUUCGUUAAUACAUAUCAUUAUCCUUAAUGAGAUAUUUGGUCUACGUACAUUUGAAUUGAAAGGACGAUUACAAUAUGGUUGGAGUAUAAUAUAUGGGUGCAUAUGCAUUAUUUUAUAUACUAUAUUUCUGAAUAUAGUAAUUAAUGUAAAUUAUAAAAAUUGGUCUGUAUAUCAAGAAGUCAGUUUUAAAAUGGCUUCAUACAUCAACUUUAUAUGUGUCAUGAUUUUUAUAAUUCUUGGAAUGCUAAAUACAGAAUGUUCAAGAAAAAUCAUAGCAAGAUGUGAACAAAUAGACAAUACUUUAAAAUCAUUUGGAAUUGAGAAAAAUUAUGAAAAAGUUUUUUUCCAAAUUGCACAAAAAUUAAUUAUGUUUAGCGCAAUAAUAAUAAGUAUUAUCUUAUUAAAUUGGUACAUUAUUGAACAAAAAUUUGAUUUACUUUUUGUUAUAUCUUAUAUAUCAAUAACAACUAUGUCUUUAGGGAUUUUUACUUUCACCAUAUUUGUGAGGUAAGUUAUACAAACAGAA